GAGGUAACGGCGGCAUACCUGUAUCGCAAUUAUCCCAAAUUUAAUUGUAUAGCUGUAGGGCCAAUGUCAUGCAUAAGAGAUAGUAGAUUUUUCAAAGCUUUGAAUUUUGGAUCAACAUCAGUGCGUCCAACUUUUAGGGAAAACGGCUUUGUUUAACAUUAGCCGGGUGUAUUAUUAUAUCGCGGACAGCAGCCGGAAAGGGCAAGGCCUUGCUCUUUUCUAGUCUGAAACGCGUUUUAGCGAAGUAUAAGUAAAUAAAACGCGUUGUACGAAGGAGAAGGAGGGAUAGUCAAAGAGGGAGGGGGAGAAGUUCGGAUCUCGAACUGAGCGAGAGCGAGACAGACAGAGCACGCAUCAGUAGGUAGACCUAGACACUCUGAGUCUGACUGAUGCGGUUGCUGAAUUGAAUCGCACACACAACUCACCCACACAGCUCGAAGAACAGAUGUGCAGCGACGGCGACCGAGUAGUAUUUAGUAUAGACUAAUAGUAUAUCCUGGCGAUAUAGUGCCUGUCGUUUGUUGGUUAGAAUAAGGAAAGUGCGGAGGAAGGCGGGUAAAGUGCUAACCCGCUUAUCCCGGCACCGAGGUCGGGCUCCAGUCUGCGGGCCAGCGAAACAAAAGAGCCGACGAAGCAGCCCCUUACGGCAUGCGAAUGUCCCUUUCCGAGGACGCGCCACAAGAAUUACAGCAGCAGCGGCGCCGCCGGCAGCAGAUCGUCGUCGUCGUUUCGCUGCACUGCUCGGAGUUGCAGCAGGAGCAUCGUUGACAGCAUCACCGUUGGCAGUUUGUAAAGAGGCCAGCAGGAUGUCUGUAACCGACGACAGGAUACAGGAGCUCAACCGGUGCUUCCUCGAGUUCAUGGGCAAGCCUGAGAACGUCGAGGCUGCCACCAAGGAAAUCUAUGAGGACUUGCUAGACGAGGUUCUCAUGGGUUUUGUGUUCGACGUGCAUCGCAUGACCAAGACUGGCAGCUCCGAUGUGGAGGAAGGCAUUCCGGAUGAUGAGUCCUAUGCCAUCGUAGACUCUCCUGGUUUAGAUGUGUUUGGCCAACACCCGAUCAAAAAGUCCCAGGAAUGUAAUUGUCCAAACUGCGACCGGGGCGUGGCGGCGAGUCGCUUCGCGACCCACCUGGAGAAAUGCAUGGGCAUGGGCAGAAACAGUUCGCGCAUAGCCUCGCGACGUAUCGCCAAUAACUCCAAGGAUCUGACGACUUACAGUGGCGUGAUAAGCGACGACGACGAUGACGUCGACUGGAGCGUCAACAACGACAAGCGCAAACGGCGCAAGGACCGCAAUGGCCUCAAGAAGCUAAAACAGCCGAAGAACAGCAGCACUGGAAGCGUCGGUUCUACCGGACAAAAGAAUGGCAGCGACAGCCUCAACGAGCUCAUCUACACGAGCAACGAGAGCUCUCCGUCCAAUUAUGAGAACAUGUCGCUCGACGAAAAGAAAGCCCUGCUUCAGCAAAUCUGCGGCGUCGUCUCGGAGCACACGAAGAAACUCUGCACCAGGUCCAUGCGCUGCCCACAGCAUAGCGAUGAUCAACGCAAAGAAAUGCGCGCGAACCUGGAGGCCUCUUUGGGUCAAAACAACGGCAGCGGUAAUGGUCAGGACAGCAACAGCAUGCACAUCGACAUCGAUACUUUCGAAGAGACAGACAGCCAGAACCUCAGAGAAACGUUGGCCAGGUGGGAUAGGGAAGGAUCGAGUCAUUCGAGCCCAGCUGACUCAGCCUCUACCACUUCCACCUCAUCGAUUAGUAGAAAGCGCGAGACCAAGUCUAAGGGCAAGGGCAAGGGUAGCAAGCGCGACAGGAGCUCGCCUGUAUCACAGGCCGACUGAACGAUAUCCUGUAUUCACAUUGCCUGUAAUAGAGCGCAUUAUGAAUCGUAUUUUUUUCUGUGUUCAAACUCUUAUUGUCGCACAGUGGUCGCUGAGUUCAUUUUUUUUGCUCUCGUUUACUCGGCGACUCUUAAUUUUAUGACGAAUAAUGUUCAAUGUAAUUAUUUAUUAUUUACAUUACGACUAUUUUUAUUUGUGAUAAGGAUCAUAAGUUUAGUUUCAUUUAACUUAGACUUAGGAAUGAAGUGAUAUAAAGUAUAUUUUCGUGUUUAAAUCAAUUUUCUUCUUAAAAAAUGUAUUAUUUUAUUAGUAAUUUUUAAAAAUCAGCUGAAAAUUGCUGUUUGAUAUUUUUCAUAAAAUAACUUUUGAACAAAUCCGACUACUGUGCAGAUCUCUAUGUCGUUCUGCCUUUCAUUUUAAUCGUUUUCAACAGUGUGUGUGUGUGUGUAUGUAUGUGUGCUUGCGCGCGCGCGUGUGUGUGUGUGUGCGUGUGUGUGUGAAUCAAAUGUGAAUAUAGGAAAGAAAAAAACAUAUUUAAUGAUGUUCCUACGAACUGUGUACAAAGUACUCUACGUUUUUAGAUGAAAAACGAUGAAUUGUAAUUAAUGUAGAGACUAUGAUGAUGUCGCGGUGACUCGUAUCAAGUUUAACAUGUACAACUUUUUUAAAAACACUGCAGCGAGUUUUAUAUUAAAUUAUAAACAUACAUAUGUGCGUGUGUAUGUUGUGUCAAGAAUCAACGAUAUUUUUGUUUCCAGCAAUCAUUUUUUUUUUUUUUUUAUAACAAACGACGUUGAUUUUAGGGAUAAAAGGUUAUCAAUCUUGUAAAUUAUUUGAAUUAUGAUGAACUAUAUUUUUUUAAACACAUGAUCUUCUGUUUCCUUAUUUAGCAUUAACUUGAAUUUUUAUUCAGAGAAAAUAAACAAAUUUUUCAUCUCAA